GGCUUCGCUACAGCUUCUCACCUUGUUCUCACAUCUCGUGCUUCACUUCAGCCGAAGCUCUCGUCGGUUCUCUAGCGCUGUGUAACGCUGAAAGCCUGCUCCGUGUAUCACCAGACCAGCUCUCCACCGCUGCGGGAAUAUCUGCCAUUGUCCCCCAGCUCUUCUGCUUUCUAUCGACAAGGCCUGCCCGAGCCUAAUAGACACUGUCCUUCUAUAUACGGCCUGCCUACGCUGAUAUCUUAUUCACCAUUAAAGCGCAAUCGAUGUCUUUGAUCUAGAUUAGGGCCCCAUUCCAUAAUUCUAGCUCUCAUCGCUCCAUUUCAAUCAGUCCAAGUACAAGACUGAACUGAUCCACUGCGGCAGUUUUCCACAACAGAGGCCAUUAUGUGGGAAGAUCUGGCUCUGGUAGCCAGAAAGGAUGCCAAUGGCAUUAUAAAUAUUGACGAGCCCUGGCCAACGAAAGAUAUCAUCUAUGUCUCUAUCGUUGGCUCUGUAAUGCUCGCGGCCUUGCUCGAGUGGUUUCUGUGGGUCGCUGCUUUCCUGUAUUGCUUGGUCAAGGUCUUCCAAAAGGCAGAGACCAUCAGUGUUCGGAUACUUGCCGUGAUCGUCGGUAUUCUCUUCUUCUGUCUGCGUGCCAUUUUCCUACCUAUAAUGGUCGUCACACUCCCGCUUCCUCCUCAAGUGACCAAAUACUUCCCCGAAGUCAUGGUCUCUUUUCUGCAAUGGUUCGCCUUCUGGUCUUUUGCUGGUCUCCUGACUGUUCCCUGGCUGUUUUGCGUCUAUCAGCUUGUAACGCACUCCGUCGGUCGACAGAAGAGGAUUAAGACUGUUCUUGACGAGUCCUCUGCCCCCAAGGUUGUCAUCGUCAUGCCUUGCUACAAAGAAGUCCCUGACGUGCUAAUGCGUACGAUUGAUUCGCUGGUUGAUUGCGAUUAUCCGCCAUCUUGCUUGCACAUUUUCCUUUCCUUCGAUGGAGACCAGGAAGACGAGCUCUACCUAAACACUAUCGAAAAGCUGGGUGUGCCCCUCACCCUCGACUCGUACCCCAAGUCCAUUGACGUCACCUACCGGAGCUGCCGUAUCACCGUUUCGCGUUUCCCUCACGGUGGUAAGCGCCAUUGCCAGAAGAGAACCUUCAAGCUCAUCGACAAGAUUUACACCGAGUAUCUCAAGCGCAACGACAAUCUCUUUAUGCUUUUCAUCGAUUCCGACUGUAUUCUGGAUAAGGUCUGUAUACAGAACUUCAUGUACGAGAUGGAACUCAAGCCAGGAAGCAAGAAGAAUAUGUUGGCUAUGACUGGUGUUAUUACCUCUACCACAGAGAAGAACUCCCUCAUCACGGUCUUGCAGGAUAUGGAGUACAUUCAUGGUCAGCUUUUCGAGCGUUCCGUCGAGUCAGGCUGCGGUGCCGUCACCUGCUUACCUGGUGCUCUCACCAUCCUUCGCUUUUCCGCCUUCCGGCGCAUGUCAAAGUAUUAUUUCGCCGAUAAAGCGGAACAGUGCGACGAUCUGUUCGACUAUGGCAAAUGCCAUCUAGGCGAGGACCGCUGGCUUACCCACUUGUUCAUGAUUGGCGCCAAAGAAAGAUAUCAGAUCCAGAUGAACACCGGAGCUUUCUGCAAGACUGAAGCUGUGCAAACCUAUCGUUCUCUCCUAAAGCAGCGUCGCCGUUGGUUCCUGGGUUUCAUCACCAACGAAGUUUGUAUGUUGACUGAUAUUCGUCUUUGGAAGCGAUACACUAUUUUGUGUCUGGUCCGAUUCAUGCAAAACACGAUCCGAACGACGGCUUUGCUAUUUUUCAUCCUUGUCAUUUCCAUCAUCACCACAUCACAGAAGAUCGGCAACCUUCCCGUGGGAUUCAUCGCCAUCUCACUUGGUCUUAAUUGGGUUCUUAUGUUGUACUUUGGCGCCAAGCUCGGUCGCUAUAAGAUCAUGCUUUACCCCCUCAUGUUUAUCGUCAAUCCGUUCUUCAAUUGGUGCUACAUGGUUUACGGUAUCUUCACUGCAGGCCAACGUACUUGGGGAGGUCCUCGCGCCGACGCAGGCACUGCCGAUUCUAAUACCACUCCUCAACAAGCCAUCGAGAACGCCGAAGCCACUGGAGACGAUCUGAAUGUUGUUCCCGAAACGUUCAAGCCAGCCGCAGAAGCUCAGAAGGGCCGCCCGGCACCCGUUCCACUCCAGCCGUCGGACCAGAUGGAUGGCCGUUUCUCAGCUGCACAGCGACUUCCAGGCGGUUGGUACCAGCAAGCAAACGACUCUGGUCUUACUCUGCCCAACAUGAUGCCGAGAGAUGCCAACGUUCCUCGCGUCCCCCUCCAUCCCCACGACCCUCGUACUUCUAUCGACUCUCUCUACUCAUCAAACUCAAACAAUAAUUCCAUUUACUUGCCUCGUCGUGUCGAGAGUUUCAUGGACCCAGAGGAUGCUCGGAUCUACCAUAAGACUCAGGCGAGCCAGAAACCUGCUGGAGGCGCUUACUUCGAGUCGGGGCGAAACCCGGACAGUUCGCCAUAUCAAUAUUCUGCAGGUAUGGCCAAAACUCCGUACCAGGAAUCAGUAGGCUCGCUUUCGGAUGACUCCACCUACCAAGGACAGUCAGGAAAACUCCCUCAACGUCCCGCACACGCUCGUAGCAACAGUGAUAAGAGCGCUUCCGGACAACGCACUGCCUCGCCGCCCACCCCGAUUCAGGGAAAGGACGGCCUAGAAGUCCCUAAGGGUGUCCAUACACGUGACGGCCAGCGCGAUACGUCUGGCGCCCAGAGUUCACAAGCCCGUCAAGGACGCAGUCCGCUUGCGCGACAGAGCUACACGAGAUCCACACAGGACUUGGGCAUCGAGAUGCAGCCGGCACAACAGCAACAACGAAGUCAGCUCCGCGAAACGUCCCCUUCUUCCGCCACAACGCCUCAAGAGGAACAACCUCAGCCCAGCCACGAGAGGAGCGACUCCCGCGACUCUGAGAAGAAGAAGAGGCGGCGUCUCACGAAGAGCCCUCCUGGAACCGGGAAAUAGGCAAUCUGUAGCCCUUCCAUCCGGAAGUUUCUACAGCCUUGCCCUUAUCCACGACAAAUCUAGAGUGUUUCUUUUCUUCUCUUGUGUACCAUUUCAUAACGCACAUAUACCAAAAGUCCGGCAACGUUCGGUUGAUGGAACGUACCACUGGGGCAUGUCAGGAGCACAAUUCCAACGUGCUUCCGCCGUUACCUCACAACAUAGUUAGCACUUUUCCUUUCUUUUUUUCAUAUCAAGAGCCCUUUUCG